AUGUUUGACAUUCUUGCUGAAUUGGCUUUGUUAUCAGAGAGCUUAGAGAAUAGAAACACUUCUAUUGUGUAUGCAGACAAACUGAUAAACAGAUCCGUAAGAUAUUUAGAGCACUUAAAGGAGAAGCCAGGCACGAAAGUUCUGGAAGCACAAAUCGCCAUAAAAGAAGGAAAUUUUGCAUCAGUUGUGUUAAAAACUAAUCCAAAAAUUGUAUCGUUCAAUGGACAGCAACUUAUUUCUAGUGUUAUAAAUAACCUAAAGCAAAGAAUGUUUGUCACCACAUUUGAUGGGGAAGCCCAAUAUGAAGAUCUUAUAAACUCUUUUAAAGUAUUAGAACCUGAGUAUUGGCCAACCUGCAUUCCACCAAGUUUUGGUCAAACUCAAGUAGAGCAACUGUGCAAGAGAUUUAAAUUGAACGUCAACAAAGCUGUCUCUGCCUACAGAGACUAUUUGGACAACAGCCGACAAGUGCCUGAUGGAUUGCAAGAACUGUUAAACUGCACUAAAAUAAUACCUUGCAGCUCAGCUGAUUGUGAACGGGGUUUCAGUUGUAUGAACAAUAUGGUUACACCAUCAAGAAACGCUUUGACUGUUGCUCAUGUAUCAUCAUUGAUGUUCAUAAAAAUCCAAGGUCCACCUCUCCAAGAAUGGCAGCCUGAGACGUACGUCACUAAAUGGCUGAGGAGCCACCGGUCUGCAGACGAUUCCAGGACAAGUGUUGCAGAAAACCCAAAAAAGAACGCAAAGAAGGAUGCAUUUUGGCACUUACUUUGA